AUGUCUACGCAGCGUGAGGCUACGCUGCCGGCUACUCGACGUAUUCGAAAAUCUAUCGGCUCGGUCAAUGACACACAUAAACUCGCCGACAAAGAGAAUGCGACCGUGGAUCUGGGCAGGGCCGGUGCUGCUGCGAGUAAGAAGUCGUCACGCAGCAAAAGUUUAGGACCUGGUGGGCUAGAUGCUCUCAAGCAAGGAAGUGGAAACCGCCGUGCAUCACUCGCCGCCCCCUCGAAACCUCCGCGCUCCAUCUUGAAGCCAACGAUCUCCGCGCUUCCAGAGAUCCCGCCGCUGAAGAACAAAGGCGUCCUACAGAAACCGGACAAAAGGCGCAGCCAGUCGAUCAGCCGCGACGAUCAGACACAGUCGAAAAUUGCCCUGCGCACCGAGGAGGAGCAGCAAGCUGCUGCGCGAGAGCGGGAGGAGCGUGAAAGACGUGAUGCCCGCCGCAAAUCACUGGCCAACCGCCGCGUUUCAUUCGCUGCAGAGGCCACACUCCAUACUUUCCACGAGAUAGAAGAGUUGCAAGACUCAAGAGCUUCUGCAAACUCUAAUCGGCGUGCAUCCGCUGCUGGAAAGCCUCCAGCUGUCGUUGAUCAUGGUUCUGGAAUUGGAGUGUCUGGCCAGCCACCCAACGUACUUUCCGACAACCCGGCACACCAACAGAGUUUACAUCACUCCGGAUUCCCCGCCGCCAGCUUCCAGAAUCGGGACGACGACGACGAGAGCGUUACUUCCAUAAUCUACAGCUCCGACUCUGAACCUGCCGACGUUGUAGAGGAGAUUGGGACGGAAGAGGAAGAGGAGGACUCAAAUAGCGACUCGGAUGACGGCACAAUGAUGAGUGUUGUCACGGAAGAAAUAACAGGCACAUCCAUGGGUUCUGAUAUGGAUAUGACAGAGGAAGAGUCAACCUUAGAUGAGGCUCUUCGUCUUGCUGCCCAGAGGGCUAGCACCCAAAAUCUUGAUGAAGACGUGGAAGAAUAUGUCGACGACUCCGAUCCCGAAGGCGAAGAAGUCAUCCCUUCCUUUGGAUGGAUCAAGAAGGGAAACCAGCAAAAUGAAGCAGCACUUCCGCCGCCGAAACCGACCAGGGAUGACACGAUGCAGACCGACAACGGCACAGAAAUGGACAUGGACAUGGACAUAACCAAUGCAGUCGGUGGCAUCAUCAAACAUAUACAAAAUCAAUCUCCCGAGAAAGACCAGGACGAGGACAUGUCAAUGGAGGUCACUGGAGUCUGGGGCGGUAUCCUUAGCCAGCAACGACAGGCGACGAAGCAACAGCCUCCUUUAGAGGAGGAGAAGGAGGAGGAGGAGGAGGAAGAGCCUAUAGAAGAACAAACCAUGGACUUGACAGUCGCCAUCGGUGGUAUACGCCCAACACAGGUUGACGAACCUGUCGACUCCGAUGAUGGCGGUAACGAGGACAUGUCAAUGGAGUUGACUACGGUCUUGGGUGGUGUUCUCGGUAAACAGAAACGCCAGAGUGUUGGCCCUAACCGCCAAAGAUCGUUUCCUGACAAUAGCGGUGGUUCUGAUGCGACCAUGGACAUGACCAUGGAUAUGACUACCAGUGUUGGGCGUAUUCUUGGGACCGAUAAAAACAAUAACACGGACGGAGACACUACCUCUGGUAUGGAAAUUACUACUGCCAUCGGAGGUAUCAUCAGCAGUAACAAUAACACAACGAAUACACGGAACCUCGGAAAGCGCAUCAUGGUGGAAGAAGUGGAUAAGCCGAAUGGCCCCGAAAAGGCUAUUGAGGCCGCCGUGUCAUCUCAGGGCUCACCCGCACGACGGACUUCACCACGGAAAUCGACGCAAGCUCCCCUUUCAGAGAACGAUGCUGCCGGGCAGUGGGCAUUCCAAGGGAAAAGUCUGCGACGCAGUGUCGGACAAGCCUUGCCGACCACAAGGGAAGCUACGCUGGUCUCUGGUACACCGUCCCUAGCGAAAACAGCAACUCCGAAAUCGAUUGGUACACCGUCAAGAGAUUCUCCCUCCCAGGGCCGACAAAGGCUCACGCGGUCAGUGUCGAGAUCUGCCUCGAAAUCUGCUUCGCCACAGAAGCCACCAUCUUCGCAGAAAAAGACGCCGGCGCGACCUCCAACCAAAUCCCCACGACGGACACCCUCUUCGCGCGGCACUUCGUUGCCUGACCAGGGGACCCCAAACGUGGGAAAUCUCGAUGAGAGAACCCCGACUGUGCCAACCUCCCAGCGUAGGCUCUCAGGCCUUGGUGCGGAUCGUAGUGGUCUUGGUUCACCGCGAGUUAGCGCCAUGCUUGAUCGCCGAGGAUCGCUUGGGGAUGCAGCCACGGACUUUAUCCCGGGGAAGCGUCUCGUUUCAUUCCAAGACCCCCGGGUGAUGGUUGAUGAGGUUGAUCGCGAACGUCAAGAAGAGGGCGUCAAGGAGAACGAUCGCUUCAUGUUCGAACGCGAAGCUGGCGGAGCACAUGAAGACGUGGACGCUACUUUCAACCUCAGGGAAAUGAUCGAUAGCAUGAGCCCGAAGCGUGCCUUACUGAAGGGCCGCAAAAGUCUUCACGUCGGAAGCGCUAGAGGUCUUCUUGGAAAGCGACCGACCGAGCUCGACGAAGAAGAGGAUGAAGACUCGGAGCAGGACGGCGUCAAGAGGCUCAAGGGUCACCAGGGAAGUCCUGUCAAGAACGUCAGGUUGCAGAACAGUCAUCCGAAGCCGGACACGACUGGACGGUUUACGAGGCUUUCCCACACCAACUUCGAUCAGCCUUCCAACACGCCAGUUCUAAGUUCCCCUUCAAAGAAUGCGACACCCAGCAAAGAUGCUGCCAACGCCCGUUUCAGGGACGUCGGAGACCAGCCUACGACACGAACUCUCAACUUUGACGAAUCGCCAACUAAGGACCUGGCUCAGCUCGAGGAUGAAGCAGGCGACGGCCGCAUCCAUUUACAGACUUUCCUCAACAUGACCUCCAUCCGCUUCAUGGAGCUGACAACUACCAAGCGACGACAUACCGUGGCGCCGAGCUCAUUCAAAGAUGGCACCGCAGCCGAAGACGAAGAUGAUGCGUCUCUUGAGCGUUGCGUUGUGGCAGGCGCAUGCACCGUGCCCACUUUGGAACUAUACCAGCAUUCCUGCCGCGAGUUGAAGAAGUACAUUUCCGAGGGCCGGCGUAUGAUGAAGGAGAUCGAGGCCGACACCUUUGAGGAGAACCCGCCACUCUUCCGCGAGUACAUGAUUGCCACACCGGAUGUUAAGGCGCUCAUGGACAACCAGUUCAAGAAUGUCAAGACCCAUGCCCGUCUUCUCAGCAAAGCCAUGUGGUACGAAUGGCGCAUGAAGCUCCAGGACGGUCUCAAGGAGGGUCUCAUUAAGAUCUCUGAGGGAAUGGACGGCGACGAAAAGCUGCUUCAGAAGCAGAAGGAUAUUCUUGACUCGGUACUUCCUGAUAUCGUGUCCCAUCACGAUGCCCUGCUCAAGGAAUGCGCAAAUCUGGAAGAGGCGGCCCGCGAACUUGCCGACUCAGACCCGGCCCAACUCCAGUCGGCACGUGACGAACUCAGUGGCCUCGACAUGGGCAUCGCCGAGAAGAAGAGGCUAAUCGCUGAGCUCCGCCAGCAGCUCGAGGAAUCCGAGACCAAUGUUCAAGAGUUGACUGCGAAGAAGGACGACUGCCAGGCUGACAUUCAGGCGUCUGAAAAGAUCCGCGAAGAGUGCCGGGGAUGGACGAGCUCCGAAAUUGAUGCUUUCCGAGGCAAGCCUUUUCCCUGUAACCCAAAGGUUUUGGACCAAGCAAAAGGAAAACGGAAGAAAGCUGACAAUAAUAUCAUAGACCGGGUCGAUGCCAUUGAGCGUGAAUACGGAUGGGCCGUGACCGGCAUCUCUGGCACCAUGCUGUCCAUGACGUACAAGCGAGAGAUUGAGCUCGUCUUUGACAUUGCAUCAUUCCAACCGGGGCAGCCCAACUCGCGCAUCGACCUGUGGUACAUUGCCGACUACCACGACGAGACGGGCGGUAACAUUAUCAGUAACAGCAACGGCAAUAGCAGCGGCAACCGGUCUUCGACCAAGACAGCUGACAAAGACCUGUUCCUGGAGUGCAUCCGGGAUGGCGUGCGGUCUCUCGUGCAAAACAAGACGCCCGUGUCGGACAUGCUGCGCAUGGUCAGUGGCGGGUGGGACAAGGCGCGCUACGUGAGCGCGCAAAUCGAAGCCAUCAAUACGACCUUCCCCACGACGGUCAGCAAGACGUCGGACUCCAGCGUCGCCAUCACAACAUCCAUGAUGCUCCCACCCCUGCAAACGAGGGUCGAGGUCACGCUGGGGCUCCACGGGCGCAGUAACACCGGCGCCGGGCACGAUGCCGUCGACUUCGGCAUCGCUCCGCAGAUCAAGGUCGUCUACGGCGAAAACUUCAACGUCGCCAAGGUGACCGAGUUCCUGUCCACCCAGAUUGGCGAUACUGUUGUCACGGGUGAGGCCAUGGAGUGGAGCGAUAUUGCCAUGCAGCUCAGGGAGAGGCUGCUCGCUAGAGGGAGGAAGAAGGAAGGUCUACCGCAGAUGGUUAAGACGCGGGCAUGA